AUUGGAGACAUCUUAAUCUAGUUUUGGAAUCGAACUCUCUUGCUAAUAAGUUAAGAUCCUCAAACCAUUCCUCAUCAUAAUCCAAGUAUCCCACCACCACAAUUUUGGUAUGGCAAGUCCAAAAUCACCCCUUCAACCUCCCACCUCUGGCAACUUAAUUACUGUUCUUAGUAUUGAUGGAGGAGCAAUUAGGGGGCUUAUUCCCGGAACUAUUCUUGCCUUUUUAGAGUCUCAGCUUCAGAAGCUGGAUGGUGAAGGGGCAAGACUGGCAGAUUACUUUGUUGUCAUUGCUGGGACUGGCACCGGCGGCCUUGUCACUGCCAUGCUAACUGCACCACACCCGAAUGAGGGCCAUCGUCCUCUUUUUGCUGCCAAAGAUAUCAAUGAUUUCUACCUUCAGCACUGCCCAAAAAUCUUCCCUCAAGAUGGCUCUCCGUUUGCACCGGUUGCAAAUUUGGUCAAAUCUCUAACUGGUCCGAAAUAUGAUGGUGAAUAUCUGCGCAAUAUUGUGAGGGAAAAGCUGGGAGAAACCAGAUUGGACCGAACAUUGACAAACGUUGUCAUCCCAACAUUUGACAUCAAACAACUCCAACCAAGAAUUUUCUCCUCCUAUGAGGUUCAGUACAAUCCUUUCCAAAAUGCAUUGCUCUCUGAUAUAUGCAUUGGAACUUCUGCUGCGCCAACUUAUCUUCCUGCACAUCAAUUUGAAAUAAAAAAUUCCACCGGCGAAGUCAAAGAGUUCCAUCUUAUAGAUGGCGGUGUUGCUGCAAAUAAUCCCACUUUAGUAGCCAUGAGCGAAGUGGCAAAGGAAAUCAAUCGCGAAAGCAGUGAUUUCUUCCAUAUAAAGCCAAACGACUACGCUCGUUUCCAGGUCUUAUCCUUGGGCACUGGUUCGCAAAAUCCUGAAGAGAAGUACUCAGCUCACAAGGCAGCAAAAUGGGGUGUCUUGGGUUGGUUGACUUCUGAACAUUCAUCUCCAUUAAUUGAUGUGUUUAUGCAAGCAAGCAGUGAUAUGGUCGACUUUCAUCUCGCUACUGUUUUCCGAGCACUUCAUAGUGAACACAGUUAUCUCCGUAUUCAGGAUGAUACACUAUCUGGAGCGGUGACAUCAGUGGAUAUUUCUACCAAAGAAAACUUGGAGAAUCUUGUAAAACUUGGGGAAGAAUUGUUGAAAAAACCAGUUUCCAGGGUGAAUUUGGAGACUGGUAAAUUCGAGCCUGUUGAUCAGGGUACAAAUGAAGAGGCUCUCAUCAGAUUAGCUGAAGUGCUAUCUGAGGAGAAGCGGCUUCGUGAAAUGAGAUCACCGCAUGGAAGCUUCAACGAAGAACAUAAAUGAUCAUUUGGAACGAAGCUAAAACAUACGCCGCUAAAUUCAAUUUACCACCUAAUGAAUUCUAAUGUUGUUAUUUAUUUUCCAUUUAAUUUGUGUUUUGUCAAAAUUUAUUUAUUCCUUUUCCUUUAUUAAGUUAC